GCUAUGCUUUUUUCUGCAGUUGUUUUCAGAAAACAUUUCUGCAUAUAUAAGCAGAUCAACAAGUCUGUGUUAAUAACAACCAACUGACUACACUAAAAUGGUUUAACUGACCCAAAUGAUAUAAAAAUAAACAAUUUGAAACACUUUUGUGGUUCGUACACUGAUGUUUAACAGUGAAUAAAUAUUGUUUUUGCUAACUUUUUGAUUAAAACAUGUUUUAGGUUAUUUAUACACUCACAAACAUCAACAUUUGGCAUAUUAAACACAACAAUGGUGACAUGUUUCAUGCCAGCAUACGAAACAUGUUCAUGGCUCCCAGCAUGCAUUGCUGCAAUUUUUUUUCGGGAUUGUCACCAUUGUUGAGGAUUGUACGACAACAAUACAAAAUACAACAUUUUAUUGUAUUUAUGCUACUGUAAUCACAGCAACACUGCUGUAUAAACACAGAAUUGUGUUGUAUUAAAUCAACAGUACAUUUAUUGUAUAUUGUUUGCUGUAAAUUCACGGCAAUUAGUUGCCAGGAGUUUCUUGUAAAAAUACAAUACAUUUUUAAUCGUGUACUUAUCAGCCGCAUUUCCACUGCGAGCCAGGGCUUAAAGCGGGCCGGGUGGGGGCUCAUAGCCUCGGGCCAGGAGCACCGAGGCCAGAAUAGUGCUGCGUUUCCACAGUGGAGCUUGAAGCACCGCUGCACGACACUAAAACACACCUCUCAGAGCGACGUCAUGCAACCACAUCAUUUCACCAACAAAGAGAAGUUAUCAGAAAAGUCACUGGAACAUGCGUGAUCACAAAACAAACACGAUAAAAGCGGCCGUUUCCUGCAUGCUUUGUUAUAUAUAUAUACAGGCCAACCUCUGGGGCUGGACAGAAGUUUUAUGACAGAGGAAUCAAUGGCUCAAGAUGAACACAGCCGACUUUUAAAUCAAACGUCAGUUAUUAUUCACAUUCUUUACGGGCAGUUAUGUAAUAGACAAAAAACACAUAGCACAACACAAUUUUUAAAAAAAAAAACAGUAACCUUCAUAAAAAAAGUACUGGAUUAAAUUUUCAUCCCAAAUUUUCACCAAACCAGAUUCAGCCAGAUUCUCUGAAGACCGGAUAUCAACAACAACUGUCAUAAAUAGCCAACAAACAUUAAAUCCGCUUCAUGGCGGAUUCCGGCUGAUCAAGGUAGAGUUUGUCACUAGUGGGCGCUCAUGUAGCAUGAGCUUAAAAGAAUUUGAAAGAAUUGAAAAUAUAUCGAAAAUAAAUAAAUUGCAUGAAUAGAAUAGAGUGAGAUGCAGAGAUGUACUAGGAUGAGGUGGUAACAAAUAAAAAGGGUUGUUUUGUUAUACAAAUAUAAUAUAAUAUAAUAUAAUAUAAUAAAAAAAUAGGCAUUUUUUAAAUAGGCAAAAAAAAUAUAUAAAAAAUAAGAUUACAUCAGAGAGCAAGAUUACGGCAUUAAAAAAAGAGAAAGAUGACAAAUCUACUGUCACUCCCCUUCUCUAAUAUACUAUUAUAACACCAAGUGUAGUUUCAUAUAUACAUUACAUAUUUGAAAAUGAGCAUGCUAUAAAAUUUGCAUCAACUGUGGUUUGACCUGUACUAACUGUAUGCAUCUUGUGUGUGCUUGUAAAUUUACUAAGCCAUCAACAGACUACCCGGAGUAGGAACUUAUGAAACUGUAGUAGGCCUAUAUUUAUGUAAAUUAUGUAUUAGAUGGUGGAAAUAAGUGAAUUAAGGGUACAAUGUAGAGAGAUGAUUAGAAGUCACAUGACAGAAAUGUAACCAGUGUUACUGUUAAAUAUGUUUGAUAACAUAAAUGCAAAAGUUACUGUAUAUUAGUUUAGAGUUUGAGACAUUAUAAACAGCAGCAUGUGUUACUAGACCUAAUAUUAUGCACUCCAGUCCAAAAAUGUAUUUCUAUAUCAUCCACACACACUUUAUGAGAAACCCAACCUCCCCAUCUCUCUCUCUCUCUCUCUCUCUCUCUCUCUCAAACCCACACCAGGUUUAGUCUGAAGUUGUCAUUACUCGUGUGUUAGUGUAAAAGCACUUUCCUUUAAACCACGACUCAUUUCUCUGCAAACAUCCUGAGUGAGAAUAGUUCGGGCGAUGUUUCACUCGUUUGUCUCGUGCUGUUUUUGCUUGUGCCAUUUGGCUGGUGUGUUUGCUGAUACAGCCCCAGUGAAGUCAGUGUCAGUGAUGGAGGGAGAUUCGGUCACUCUACACCCUGAUGCUGAACUACAGACAGAUGAUGUAAUCCAGUGGAGGUUUGGAUCUGAAAACACUCUCAUAGCUGCCAUCAACCGAGGGACUGGAAGCUUCUCCACAAUUACUGACAGACUGACACUGGACAAGACGACUGGAUCUCUAACCAUCACAGACACCACGAUCACAGACGCUGGACUUUAUCAGAUCAGAGCGAGCAUCAUAUACAGAUUCAGUGUUACUGUCUAUGCUCGUCUGCCUGUUCCUGUCAUCAGCAGUAACUCUUCACAAAAUCCCUCAUCAUCAUCAUCUUCAUCACAGCAGAAUUGUUCACUGGUGUGUUCAGUGGUGAAUGUGAGUCAUGUGACUCUCUCCUGGUACAAAGGAAACAGUUUAUUGUCCAGCAUCAGUGUGUCUGAUCUCAGCAUCAGUCUCUCUCUACCUCUGGACGUGGAGUGUCUGGAUGAUUUAUACAGAUGUGUUGUGGCUUAUUCAUUCACAAACCAGACCACACUUCUCAACAACACUCAGCUCUGUCAACCAUGUUCAGAAUCUGUCCACUGCUGUGGUUCUACUGAAGCUGUGAUCCGAUUGGUCGUUUCCACUCUGGUGGGCGUGGCUACUGUCGCUGUGCUGGUUUAUGACAUCAGACCCAGGAAAGAAGAACAGCAGAGAAGUCAAGACCUCAUACCAACUAACCAUGCUCUCGUACCAGACAGCAAGAAACUUAAAGAGGAGGAUGAGAUGUAUGAAGGUGUGAGUUUGACACCUAGUACAUCCAAGCAGUCCUGGGCUCAUGAACUCUCUAUAUACAAACACCACAAGUGAUUUCAUACAAGCUUAAAAGGACACAGACAACUCGGGUUAUUUGUGGGCGCUUCUGGGGUUAAAUGUUAAUGCCUAUUUAUCAGCCCCCUUUUAAGUCCACUUAUAUUGUAAACAUCAGACGUACUGAGGUCACUCGCAGUGAACUGAAAGUAAUUCACUGAAUGCAUUUAACACUUGUGCAGCUCCAUUUGUGAGUCAAACCGAAACCUGCUGUGGUCUUGUGACGUACUUCUGCAAAGAAAUGUGGUUUGAUCCGCUGGACAAACAGCUUGUGUGCGAGAAUGUGUCUGUUACUGGAUGUUUGUUGUUCAUGUGUGUUUGCUUUUGUCUUCUUUUUAAAAUCUGCUAAUAUAAAUCUCAAUGUUUUGAUUUCCUUUUUUAUACAGUACAGUUUUACUGUGGAAUAAAUCACUGAAUCAAAUCUUGCUGUUUGCUAAACAAUCUUAAACCAAACUCUGAGAUCAUACUGUGUGAUUGAGAAAUAUGAAAAUACCAUCUACUGUACUUUGAGUCUGUGAAACCUAAUUUGGAAAACGCAGCUAACUGUAUGUCUACAACCUAAUAUAAUCAGAUUGAGAUCCUGCAGAUAAACAAUGAUAAUGGCCGAAGCAUGAGAAGCGAAGGUAUUUCUAUGAAGCUUCAUCAAACGUGUUUUCACACCUCUCACAUCCUGCUUUCAUAACGCAUAUCCUGUGUUUGUCAAUUACGCCUGCUAGAAAUUGUAAGAGAAAUCCCAGCAUGUGAUUUACUGUUAUUUAUAGUAUCAAGCAGAUAUCCCAUGGUUGAUAAUGUACAGAUUUAUAGUGAAAAUAUAAACUACUCCAUCUUGGAGAUGUUGCCAUAAUAGAGUAUCUUAGUAGAACAUGAUUUUAGUUUCUCCAAGGUUUGUUUAUAUACCCAUAUCUGCACAUAUUUGAACACUUUACCUUGUACUAUAUUUCACCAAAUUUCCCAUGCUACAGAUCUGAUUCAUGGAAGGCCUUGUCACUUAUGAGGAUGCACUUAAGAGGCCUCCAGACAUCUCAAAGCUAUAGUUCACCCAAAAAUUAAAACUACCAUGAUUUACUCAUCCUAAAUAGGAUCAUUAUUUGCACUGAGUGUAAAUAUCAUAUCUGAAAAUACUGAUAUUUUCAAGUUCUCUGGGAAGAUAACACAAAUACGACAGAUACAUAAUCAGUGGUGUGACUCGAAUCUUCACUCAUAAAUGUCGCCAUCUGGUGGAUAAAAAAAAAACAUCCACUAACAGUCUUAUAGCACUGUAAACUUAACCCCUCCUAACAUCUUACACCUGUGUCAUGGAUGUUGAGGGCAUAUGUCAUAUAUUUGUACAUAAUACAAACAUUUGGCAAUAAUUUGACUCACCCUGAUGAAUAUCACCCCUUCUAUUGACAUAGCAAAAGUUAGAAAUGUCACGGAUAAUCAAACCUACAUCCUUGCAAACUCAUAAUUACAGCUUCAGAAGUGGGGAAUAUUAUUAUUAUUUUUAAAGCAGCAUAGACUCUGAACUGACCUGAACUUAUGGACUGGGUAGCAUUUCAAACUAGAAGGAUCAGAUGGUCUCUGUUAAAAUGUAGUUAUAUAUGCACAAUUUUUUUUAGUUUUUCUCCAACUGUGUGGUGAUGAUUUUUGUGAUGAAAAACAGGGUCAGAUGGUCGACAGACUGGAGACGGUAUGUUGGAAGUGGCAAAAAUGACAAAUGUUCAUAACGUGCCUAGUGCGGGGGUCUCCUAACCCGUCUCCUGUCCUGCAGCUCCAAUCUAGCUACAUCCACACGAAGCCAGAGCUUUCCCUAUACGAUCAGUUUCUGCCUCUUUUACCAUUAUAUAACACACACACACACACACACACAAAUAAUGACCAUUUACUCCUUUUAUCCCAGUUUAUUUUAAAUUCCCACAAACCAUGUAAAUAAUGUAACCCUUACACCACAUACCACACCCAUUAAAAGGUAAUACAAAGGAAAGGCAACAGUGACAAAUAAUAAUUCACAAAGAGUUAAAUUUAUAAUCAUCUUUAAAUGAUUGAAUGGUUAAAGAACAAAACCAAUGAAUAAAUCGAAUGAUUAAAGAUUAAAAUGAAGGAAUACAUUGAAUGAUUAAAAUAUAAAUGAUUAUAAAAGAUUAGGAAUGGAAAAUAGAAGGAAAAAAAAAAAAAAAAAAACUCACACAUGCAUGGUUUUGUUGAAGCAGCAAGCACACACACACACACACACACGUUUAUUUUUGUGGAAAGUCGGUUCAUCCCAUAGGCGUAAUGGUUUUUAUACUGU